UGCAGACUUGGGACACUCCAACGCGCACACUCACGCCCUCUGGCUCAGUGUGUGAGGUGCCACAUCGAAACGGAACAUAAGUGUCGGAAAGUGCGCAUCAUGCUGCUGAUCCUGCUGCAGUUGUUGGUUUUUGCGUCUUGUGCUCCUCCGCGAUGCGACCCGACGUUUCGAGGACAGUGCAAGCCAAUAAUAGAAGAAAAACCCAAAUGCACAGAUCUAAUGCUGUCCUACUGCGAUGACAUGCCCUACACUCAAACCAUGUUCCCAAACAUCCUCGGUCACAAGACUCGUGAGGAUGCUGAAGCUGGCGCUGAGUACCUCCUCAUCAGCGUGGCUGAAUCUCUGCUGGGCGGAGAUUGCAACCCAGAGAUUCGCAUGCUGGGCUGCUCGGUGUUGGCCCCACGCUGUGAGAAGGAGAAGGUGCUGAAGCCGUGCCGCAGCACGUGUGAAGCCGUGCGCAGAAGAUGCAGUCGCACGUUUGACAAGAUACAGAUGGCCUGGCCCUACUUCCUCGACUGCGAUCGCUUCUUUGUCAGUGACCAAGAGGGAUGUUAUGACCCGCUGGAGGGCCUCAGAGGGCAGGAGGAAGAAGAAGCUGCUGAUGCCCUGGAUAUUCUACUCACUGCGGACUCCCCUGACACUUUGCAGUUCACCUAUCAUUCCAACACUGACCUGAUCAGUGUCUUAAAGAAGACCGAGGAGCAGUGCUCCAGCAUAGCCCGGACCUACAGCAUAGGCCGCAGUAUGGAGGGCAGAGAGCUGCUUGUGAUCGAGUUCUCUAACAAUCCCGGAGAGCAUGAACUACUUGAGCCGGAGGUAAAGUAUAUUGGGAACAUGCACGGAAAUGAAGUCCUUGGCCGCCAACUACUCAUCUCCUUGGCUCAGCACAUGUGCUCAGAGUAUUUGCUCGGCAAUGAGCGGAUUCAGACUCUAAUCAACACCACCCGCAUCCACAUUCUGCCCUCCAUGAACCCCGAUGGGUAUGAGAUGGCUGUUUCCGGAGUCAGUGACAAUAACUAUGAUUUUGAGCAGGAGGAUCAAAGAUAUGAUUCUUGGAACAUCGGCCGAAAUAACGCCCAGAACAUCGACCUGAACCGAAACUUCCCCGACCUGACGUCCAUCGUUUACAGCAGACGCAGACAAAAGGGCUACCGCACCGACCACAUCCCAAUCCCAGACUAUUACUGGUUUGGUAAGGUUGCCCCGGAGACCUACGCUGUCAUGAAGUGGGUCCGCUCCAUCCCGUUUGUGCUCUCCGCUAACUUCCAUGGUGGAGACUUGGUGGUGUCUUACCCUUAUGAUCUGUCCAAACACCCGCUGGGACGCGACAUGUUCUGCCCAACCCCAGAUGAUAAGGUUUUCAAAUUUAUCGCAGCAACUUAUGCAAAUGCCCACGAAACCAUGUCCAAUGAAAACGCACGCUGUGGAUCGUCUCGUACUCACAGCCAGAAAGGGAUCGUUAAUGGAGCUCAGUGGUCCAGCUUGGCAGGCGGAAUGCAAGACUUCAACUAUCUCCACACCAACUGCUUUGAGGUGACUGUGAAUGUGGGAUGUGAUAGAUUUCCCCCUGAAGAGGAACUGGCCUUUGCCUGGCAUGAAAACCAAGAAUCAUUGCUCUCAUUUAUGGAGGCAGCCCAUCGUGGCAUCAAAGGGAUUGUAAAAGAUGAAGAGGGAAAUGCUAUAAAAGGUGCCAGGAUAUCUGUCAGAGGGAUACAGCAUGACAUUACAACAGCUGAAAAUGGAGACUACUGGCGCCUCCUCACUCCUGGCAUCCACAUAAUCUCCGCCUCUGCGCGAGGCUACACCAGAGCCACCAAGAAAAUCCAGCUGCCCUCUCGCAUGAAGACUGCAGGCCGGGUGGACUUUGUGUUGCAGAAAGCACCUGUGGACUCUGACGCACAGGAAGAGGACGACGACAUCUCGUCCAUGGGCACCUACGACAAGUUUGACCCUUACAACCAGUACCAGCGCUACACCCAGAUGGCUGAUUUGAGCCAGAACCAAGAGGAGAGAGCAGAGAAGCCCUGGUGGUGGAAUUACUUUGCUUUGCCUGGAGUACCUGCCCCCACCUGGCUCCUGAAGCACUAUUAGAGCUUUAACAAGAGAAGCAAGAAAUGAGUCUGUCUUUCUACAUUAUGCAGAAAAACAUGGAAGUGUUUCUUUUUACUGACGCUACUCCUGCUUCACAAUUUUGCCUUUUUGUGCUGUGUCUGGUCCGAAGCCCAAACCUGAAUUAUAAUGUAAGCACCUUACAAGCUUUUGCCUGGACAGUAACAUAACUUUAGUUAAUGGCCACGAUUGAAUAAAAAACAUGUUAAAAGA